GCAGAAUGAGCAGCUCUCCAAAUAUGGUGACACAAAGUCAGCACGCAACAUUAUGCUGGUUGAGCUGAAAAAGCUUAUCGAGCAAAUCCAUUGUUUCGUCCAAAGUCUUAAUUGGCAGCAUCAACUUUGCAAAAAUCCUCGACCAAAUCCAGAUAUUAAAACUCUUUUUAUUUACCACUCUUGUGCUUCGAGUAAUGGCGCUCGUGCCCCCCUCCAACUAGUAACCCUCUCGAGGGGCCUGUUCCUAAACCAGGUGUUUUUUCUCCCCUCAGAAUCCAUGGU